CAAUGGACAGCAGAGGAGCAUGAGCGAUUCUUAGAAGCGCUGGAAAAGUAUGGCUCGCAGUCAACGCGGCAAUCCACUGACAGCGGUCGGGUGUUCGUAGGGCUAGGCAACGGUGUAGCGAAGCAGAUUGCUGCGUAUGUUAAGACAAGAUCAGUCUUGCAAGUUCGAUCUCACGCUCAGAAGUUUUUCUUGAAG